GUCGCAGCUUCUUCCAUCAUUAGCAGGAGAGCCGAGCGAGAGCGUGCGAGCAGAGCAAAGCCUGGGAAGGGAAGCACAGAAGAAGAGGGGCUAGCCUGCUCAACUUAAAGCUCUCAUUUGCUGACAAGACACUGACCUCUUCGGCGAAUUUCGUAUAUCGUCAUGGACGCCGGAGACGCCAUGGAGAGCGGACAGCGCGCGGCGCUCCUGCCCGAGAGUCACGGACCAAAGACUGAAGAUGAUAGCCUGCAAGUGCCACUCCUCAAGGAUAAGAAACGCGGCGGCAGCAAGGCACCUGCAAUAGUUCUAGGGUUCGAAUGCCUGGAGAGCACGGCGUUCAAUGGCAUCUCGACGAACCUGGUGGUGUACCUGGAGACCGUCCUCCAUGGCAGCAACCUGGCCAGCGCGUCCAACGUCACGACGUGGUACGGCACGAGCUACCUCACCCCGAUCUUCGGCGCCAUCGUCGCCGACACGUUCCUCGGCAACUACAACACCAUCCUCAUCUCCCUCGCCGUCUACCUCCUCGGGAUGAUGCUGGUCACGUUCUCGGCGUUCCUGCCGGCCACGGCGGCGCUGUGCGCGGCGGGCGCGACGUGCGGCACCGGCGCGGCCGCGGCGCAGACCGUCGCGUUCGUCGGGCUGUACCUCGUGGCUGUCGGGAGCGGCGGGGUGCGGUCGUCGCUGCUGCCGUUCGGCGCCGAGCAGUUCGACGACGACAGCGCGGCGGAUAGGGAGCGCAAGGCGGCCUUCUUCAGCUGGUUCUACCUCUGCGUCGACUUCGGCCUGAUCGUCUCCGGCGUGCUCCUCGUCUGGAUCCAGCAGAACGUCAGCUGGGGCCUCGGCUUCGGCAUCGCCACCGCGUGCAUCGCGGUCGCGUUCGCCGCGUUCGUGCUCGCCACGCCCAUGUACAAGCGCCGGUUGCCGACGGGCACGCCGCUCAAGAGCCUCGCCCAGGUCGUCGUCGCCGCCUUCAGGAAGGUCGGCAUGAAGCUCCCCGCCGACGCCGAGCUCCUGUACGAGGUCAGCGACAAGGUCGACUCCCAGCCCAAGAUCGCGCACACCAGCGAGUUCACGUUUCUUGACAAGGCGGCCGUCGUCUCGGAGUCGGACCUGGAGGAGAGGCCGGAGGCGGCGAGCUCGUGGAAGCUCUGCACCGUGACGCAGGUGGAGGAGCUCAAGAUCCUUCUGCGUCUGCUCCCCAUCUGGGCGACCAGCAUCAUCGUGUCCGCGGCAUACUCGCAGAUGAGCACCACCUUCAUCCAGCAAGGCAGCGCCAUGGACAUGCACAUCUUCUCGGUGCCGGUGCCGGCGGCGUCGUUAAGCUCCUUCCAGGUUCUCUGCGUCCUGACAUGGGUGAUCCUCUACAGCAAGGUGAUCGUGCCGGCGCUGAGGGGCUUCUCCUCCUCCGGAGCCGCCGGCGAGCCGUCGCAGCUGCAGCGCAUGGGCGCCGGGCGCCUCCUCAUGGCGCUCGCCAUGGCGGUGGCCGCGCUCGUGGAGACGAAGCGGCUCAACGCCGCGGCGAGCGGCGAGGCGAUCAACAUCGCGUGGCAGAUGCCGCAGUACUUCUUCCUCGCCGGCGCGGAGGUGUUCUGCUACAUCGCGCAGCUGGAGUUCUUCUUCGGCGAGGCGCCGGACACCAUGAAGAGCACGUGCACGUCGCUGGCGCUGCUCACCAUCGCGCUCGGGAGCUACCUGAGCUCGCUCAUCUACGCCGUCGUGGAGGCGUUCACGGCGACGGCGGGCGGCCACGGGUGGAUCUCCGACGACCUCAACCAGGGCCACCUCGACUACUUCUUCUGGAUGCUGGCGGCCAUGUGCACGCUCAACUUCGUCGUGUACAGCGGGUUCGCCAAGAACUACAAGCUCAAGACCGUGCUCUCGUGAGACGUCAUUGUUAGCUUUGCAGCUGCUUGUCGAACACAAGAAAGAUUCGAUUACAUUUUUGCACAAUUGCCAAGUUGCGAUUGGUGAAAGGUAGUAGUACAGUACAGAUUAUUACAGAGUACAGACACAAUUGCCAAUUGGCGAUUGGUGAAAGGUAGUACAGGAAGAAAAUUAGUGCAGAAUUAUUUUCCCCUUUCUCUCUCUCUCUCUCUCUUUUAAAAAAAAGUGCUGCACAGAUCCUAUGGCAUGUCAGCAACACUUUUUUUAGAUGAUCAUUUUUUGUUGAAAGAUUACAGGAUAUGAUUGCCAAUGUACCUUUUUCA